AUGUCGCUCGACGACGAGAACCCGUUGAUUUUUUGCAACGCGUGCCUAGGAUCCACCGAUCCCGAUUAUCAGACAUACAAUCUCACAGUAUCCGGAGUGUUGCUGGCCGUUGUCGGCUUAAUCGGUCUAGUGGGGAACAUUCUCGUUGUUCGGGUGUAUACCCACGAGGAUCAUAGGCGACGUUCGACGUCCAUCUAUCUGGCCGCUUUGGGAUUCUCCGAUUUCUUUCUUAUUCUCACUGCUAUGUUUCUGUUCGUAUUGGAAGCAUGGCGACAUCAUAAUCAUCCCUGUGAGUUUUCAUUGCUCUCAUGCCACCGCUGA